AUUUUGGACAAAUACUUUGGUCUUUUCUCGCUUUUGCUGAAAAUAGUUUUCCGGCGGGGAGGGCGGGGGAUUCCUCACCGCGCGCGCAGCACAGUCCACUUCGAUUUCUCUAGGGUUUCCUCUCCCAUUCGAGCCGCCUUCGUCCCCUUCCUCUUCGUCGCCAUCCACCGCCGAAGUCGAGCCCCUACUUGGGCUUCGUCGCCAUCCACCGCCGAAGAAGACCAUCUCCUACUUCCUGUGACUCGCCAUCCACUGCCAUCCAUCUUCGACUUGGGCUUCGUCGCCAUCUCCACAAAAGACCAGCUCUGACUUCGUUUUCAUCGCCAUCCCCGCAGAAGACCAUCUUCGAUUUCGAGUUUCACACCACCAGCGCAUCUUCAUCUUCUUCCACGUGAGCGAUCUUGGUCUUCGACCAUCGAUCUGGAGUCUUCGUCCACUGGAAGCGAUCUUGUUCUCUGUUUCAGCGAGCGAUAUUCGUGUUCGCCAUCUCCGCCGAAGUCGACCUCCGAUUCCGACUUGCAGACCGCCGUUCAUCCUCGUCCCCAUCUUCGUCCACGGUUGAGAAACUGUGUUUCAGAUAGCUGAUACACGGAGUUUCUGAAAAAAUGGACAAGUCACUGACUGCAGAAACGAAUAGUGCAAGAUUGAUUGUAUUAUGUAGUUUUGCAUGUUUGAGAAGCCCUUGAUUACAUAAUUAUGGCGGAUAAUCCAAGAUCAACAUCUGUGGCUGGUGAUGAUAAUGUUGGGAUUCCUGAUGAUUUGCGUUGUAAGAGGUCAGAUGGGAAACAGUGGAGAUGCACUGCUAUGUCUAUGCCUGAUAAAACAGUAUGUGAAAAGCACUAUAUCCAAGCGAAGAAGAGGGCUGCAAAUUCUGCCUUGAGAGCCAGUCUAAAGAAAGCGAAGAGAAAAACUUUGGGUGAAAGUGAUAUCUACCUGGAGAGUAAAAGUGAUGAUAUGGACAUGCCACUUAUUAAUGUAAAAGGUGGAGACUACUCUGGUUCUGUCUCUGGGAAAAAGCAUAAGGAAAAAGUUGCAAAGAACCAGGUUCGUUAUUCACCUGAAACAACUUCAGUAAGAAGUUUGUCAGCGCGCAACCCUCUUAAGACAAAUGAUGAUGUGCAAAGGGAAAGAGAUAGUUUGAUGUAUGAGGAGAAUCGCAGGUCAUAUAAGACGUCGCCACCUUCUACUAUGGAGCUACCCAAAAACAGAUCGCAAAAAGUCUUUGAUGAUAGUGCUAUGACAGAAAAUUCUGAUGGAAGUGCAGAUUCCUCUGAGGAUACUGGUGAACAAACUUGCCAUCAGUGUAGGCAGAAUGGAGAGAGGGUUUUUUGGUGCCUCAGAUGUGACAAGAGAGGAUACUGUGCUAGCUGCAUCUCUACUUGGUACUCUGGUAUCCCAUUUGAAGAGAUCCAGAGGGCUUGUCCUGCAUGUCGUGGUACUUGUAGUUGUAAGGUUUGCUUACGAGGAGAUAAUUUGAUAAAGAUCCGUAUACGGGAGAUACCAAUCCAGGAUAAGUUGCAGUAUCUUCAUUGUCUCCUGUCUUCCGUCCUUCCUGUUGUUAAAGAUAUCCAUCAUGAACAAUGCUCUGAGGUGGAGCUGGAAAGAAAGCUUCGAGGAAACGAAAUAGAUCUUCCCAGGACAAAAUUGAAUGCUGAUGAGCAGAUGUGCUGUGAUUGCUGUAGGAUGCCCAUUAUUGAUUAUCAUCGGCAUUGUGCAAAUUGCUCUUAUGAUCUGUGCCUUAGCUGCUGCCAUGAUCUUAGGGAAGAAUCUAUGAUUGGUGUUAAAGGGGAGGUCGAAAGCCAAAUUAGUGGGAUAACUGAUUGCAGAAUAACUGAAUCAGAGCAAGUUAAACCAUCCAAACUUGGGUUGAAGUUAUCAGAUAGGUUCCCUAAUUGGCAAGCCAACGGCAAUGGCAGUAUUCCUUGCCCACCAAAACAAUAUGGUGGCUGUGGUUGCUUGUCAAUGACCUUAAAACGAAUAUUUAAGAUGAACUGGGUUGCAAAGUUGGUAAAAAAUACUGAGGAAAUGGUUAGUGGGUGUAAGAUUUAUGAUGUGGGCAAUCCACAAGAAGCUGAAUCCAAUUCUAGGCUCUGCCAAUAUGCACAUAGAGAGAGCAAUAAUGAUAAUUUUUUAUUCUGUCCAACUUCUGAAGAUUUGAAAACUGAAGGUGUUGGAGCUUUUAGAAAGCAUUGGGUCCAUGGUGAACCUGUUAUUGUUAAGGAGGUUUUUGAUGGCUCAUCAAGAUCAAGCUGGGAUCCCUUGGUUAUAUGGAGAGGCAUUCGAGAGACAACAGAAGAGAAAAUGAAGGAUGAUUGCAGAACUGUGAAAGCUAUAGAUUGCUUAGACUGGUCUGAGGUUGAUAUUGAGCUUGGCCAAUUCAUCAAAGGAUACUCAGAGGGUCGAAUUCAUGAAGAUGGCUGGCCACAAAUGUUAAAGUUGAAGGAUUGGCCAUCUCCUAGUGCUUCUGAAGAGUUUUUGUUGUUCCAGAGACCUGAGUUUAUUAGCAAACUGCCCUUGCUCGAGUACAUUCAUUCCAAAUGGGGUCUAUUAAAUGUUGCUGCAAAACUACCUCAUUAUUCCCUCCAAAAUGAUGUAGGCCCUAAGAUUUUUAUUUCUUAUGGGAUGGAUGAAGAACUUGGUGGUAUAGGUGAUUCAGUGAACAAUCUCCAUUUCAGCAUGCGUGAUAUGGUAUAUCUUUUGGUGCAUACUUGUGAAUUAAAGUUGAAAGGUUGGCAGAGGACUGAGAUUGAGAAGAUACAAAAAGACUCUGAGGAAGACGAGGUGAAAGAAUCACCAAGAGGUCUGCAAACUAAUUUAACUACAGGUGGGUCACCUAGGUUAUCACAUGAUAUACAGGAUAGGCAGAAUGGUUAUGAGGAAGUAGAUAGAAGUAAGGCUGAUGCAAUGGAGGAUCAAGGCAUUGAAACUGCUACAUAUCUUGAAGAGGAAACUGUUAAUCAUGACAAUUUGGAUGGUGCUGCUGGAGAUACCUUUAAAAGUACUCAUCCAGGAACACACUGGGAUGUUUUCCGUCGACAGGAUGUUCCAAAGCUGAUUGAAUAUUUGAGAGUUCAUUGGGAUGAAUUUCGGAAGCCGAAAAAUCUAAUAAAUGAGUUUGCUGCACGUGCUUUAUAUGAUGCAGAAAUAUUCUUGAACAGGCUUCAUAAAAGAAAGCUGAAGGAAGAAUUUGGGGUAGAGCCAUGGUCAUUUGACCAACAUUUAGGACAAGCCAUAUUCAUCCCAGCUGGAUGUCCUUUCCAAGUGAGGAAUCUUCAGUCCACAGUUCAGUUGGGGCUUGAUUUUUUAUCUCCUGAAAGUUUGGAUGAGGCUGUAAGGUUGGCUGAAGAAAUACGCAGUCUUCCAAAUGACCAUGAUGCAAAGCUUCAAAUGUUGGAGGUCAGGCGAAGGAAACUUUCCUUAGAAGUUGGAAAGAUAUCACUAUAUGCUGCAAGUUCGGCAAUUAAGGAAGUGAAGAAAUUAGUGUUGGAUCCAAAAAUUGGCGCCGAGCUUGGGUUUGAGGAUCCCAAUUUGACUGCAAUGGUUUCGGAGAACUUGGAGAAGAUGGUUAAGCGAAGACAGAUCACUUGUGCUUGAACUAUUUUUAACAACUUGUACUUAAAAUAGGGAUAGAUCUUUCAAGUCGAGUCACUGCGUGUUUUGAUAUAACCGUGUAAAUCAUAUUUCUCUUCUGUGCUUCUGUAUAUUGAAAUCAAUUUAGUGGGGUCUCAAGGAAAAUGUUAUUUGUACAGAA